AUGACGGAUUCUCUGCACAACGCGCCCAUUGUCCUGGACAAUGGCUCCGGCACGAUCCGUGCCGGUUUCGCAGGAGACGACUUGCCAAAGUGCUACUUUCCCUCGUUUGUCGGCCGUCCCAAGCACCUGAGAGUGCUUGCCGGCGCGCUUGAAGGCGAGGUCUUCAUCGGGCAGAAGGCGGCAACGGAGCUCAGGGGCCUGUUGAAGAUCAGAUACCCGCUAGAGCACGGCAUCGUCACGGACUGGGACGAUAUGGAGAAGAUCUGGGAAUACGUGUACGGCGAGGGACUUAAGACGCUGAGUGAAGAGCAUCCCGUCCUCCUGACCGAACCGCCCCUCAACCCUCGCAGCAACCGCGACACCGCCGCCCAGAUCCUCUUCGAGACCUUCAACGUCCCCGCGCUGUACACAUCAAUCCAGGCCGUGCUGUCAUUAUACGCCAGCGGCCGAACGACGGGCAUCGUUCUCGACUCGGGAGACGGCGUGUCGCACGCUGUGCCGGUGUACGAGGGUUUCGCUAUGCCGAGCAGCAUUAGGCGGAUAGACGUGGCCGGUCGCGACGUGACGGAGUAUAUGCAGAUGCUGCUGCGCAAGAGUGGCUACGUUUUCCACACGAGCGCCGAGAAGGAGGUCGUGAGGCUCAUCAAGGAGUCCGUCACGUAUGUGGCGCACGACCCGAGGAAAGAAGAAAAGGAGUGGGCCAACAGGACGGACCCUACCAAGGGUGUGGAAUACAUCCUUCCGGACGGACACAAGCUCAAGAUUGGCGCGGAACGUUUCAGGGCGCCAGAAAUCCUGUUCGACCCCGAGAUAAUUGGCCUCGAGUACCCCGGCGUGCACCAGAUCGUCGUCGACGCCAUCAACCGGACAGACCUCGACCUGCGCAAGUCGUUGUACAGCAACAUCGUGCUGUCCGGCGGCAGCACGCUGACGAGGGGCUUCGGCGACCGACUGCUGACGGAGCUGCAGCGGCUGGCCGUCAAGGACAUGAGGAUAAAGAUUUUUGCGCCUCCCGAGCGCAAGUAUUCGACGUGGAUUGGAGGAAGUAUCUUGGCUGGUCUCAGCACCUUCCGCAAGAUGUGGGUGAGCAUCGACGACUGGCACGAGAACCCAGAGAUCAUACACACCAAGCUUACGUGA